AUGGCAGAGAAUAGGGCGCAGAAGACGAAGAAGGGUGGUGAUGGCAACUAUGAGGAGGACCUCGACACCUACUUUGUGGAUCGCCUGCGCUUCCUGAACCAGAAGGACCACACCACCCAGCACCUCAAGCAGCGCUUCAAGGAGAGGAAUGGGCGCCUCGAGGCCCAGGAGGAGACAGGAGACGCAGACAAGGCCACCACUACUCAGCGCCAAGUAGUGGACGAUGAAGGAGGGCUGGCGGUGGUGUGCGUGGAUGGCAGCCCGGCGGCGGACGAGGCCCUGCGGUUCACGCUGGCCCAGAUGCCGCACGCCCGCUCCCUGGUGCUGGCCCACGGCAUCCGGGUGUCCCUCACCUCCUCGUCCUCGUCGUCUAGCGGCAGCACCCACGCGCCGUUCGGCGAAGACGAAGAAACCGAAGCCCUGCACCAGGCGCUGGAGCGCCGCUACCUCAAGAUGUGCCGCGACGCCGGCCGGCACUGCAUGGUGAAGCACUUCACGUACACGACGCGCGGCGGGUUCGGGCACGCGGUGUGCUACCUGGCCGACAAGAAGGACGCUGCGGCGGUGGUGAUCGGCCAGAGGCAUCCCAGGCCGCUGUUGGGCGCGUCGGGCACGGCGGUGAUGAAGUACUGCGGCCAGCGUCCGGUGAUACUCGUGCCCGAGUCCCGCGCCACAGAUCGCGAGAAAGAGAAGCCCACGGCGGUCGGUCAUCACUGA